AUGACACCUGGGAUCCGACAGCGCGCGAGUUUCUACUCAAUCCAUACCUUCCGCCAUAUUAUCGCCGGUCUCCUUACGGCGAUUAUCCACAUCGACGACAAUCCCGGCUUGAUCCUUGACGAAGCUACGAGAAUGGUGGAAGAACUCGAGGCUACGGCGAUUAUGGAGAACGUGGAGGACGCGCAGAUCAAAGAAUUGAGGAGGCUGUUGGAUUUCUUGGAAGGGAACUUCUUCAGUGAUGGCUGGGAUGACGACGAGAGCGAAGGGGAUGAGGAGGCGGAGACAUAG